UUGGCAUGGUGGCACAUGCCCUUAAUUCUAGCACUUGGGAAGCAGAGGCAAGCAAUUUUCUGAAAGUUUGAGUCCAGCCUGGCCUACAUAACAACUUUCAGGCUAGCUACACUACAUAGUGAGACCCAACCUCAAUUGAAAGAAAGAAAGAAAGAAAGAAAGAAAGAAAGAAAGAAAGAAAGAAAGAGAGAGAGAGAGAGAGAGAGAGAGAGAGAGAGAGAGAAAGAAAGGGAGGAAGAAAGAAAGAAAGAAAGAAAGAAAGAAAGAAAGAAAGGAAGGAAGGAAGGAAGGAAGGAAGGAAGGAAGAAAGAAAGAAAGAAAGAAAGAAAGAAAGAAAGAAAGAAAGAAAGGAAGAUAACUUCCAGUCUUAAAAACACAGCGUUCACAUCUAUAAUCUCAAAAUUGGAGUGGGAGAAAAAGUACAAGAGGAUUGCUGUGAAUUCCAGGUCAGUUAGUCUAAGACACAGGGUGAGACUCUCAAAUUGGAAGAGAGGCAGAGCCAGCCAGGGCUACAAAUUGAGACUCUGUCUCAAAAAACAAAAGUGAAAUAAGAUAAGCAAAGUAGUAGAGGGCUCUGUAGAGUGUUUGUCAUACAUGAAUUGAGCCCCAGCCCUAAAAAAAAAAAAAAAAAAAAAAAAAAAAAAAAAAAAAGGAAAGGGGGGGGAAGAAAAGAAAGGAAGGGAGGAGAGAGUUGGAGGUGGGAAGAAAGAGGGAGAAGUCGAAGAGAGUGCCGAGAAAGAGAUCAUCAUUUCUGAGAAGAUAAUAGUGAUAUUUUUAGUGUGAAACACAGUAUUCAGUAACAUGCUUGGUGCUAACACAUGAAUGAGCAAAAUAAUGCAUUAAUUUGUCUACUUUUCUAACCAGUAGCAGGACAGAAGUGUAACAAUCCAUGAUGCACCAUAUAUUUGUAUACCUGAUACUAAAGGAAGACCCACCUGUCUUGUUCAUUUUUAUAUUCUCAGACAACUUUGAAGAGGGAAGGGUCCAGGAAAAAAAAAAAAAACAAAAAAAACAAAAAACCAAAAAACAAAAAAACCAAAAAAAAAAAAAAAAAAACACCCCACUUUUCCAGAGCAGGUUAGAUGAUCUAUAUCCACUCUUGCCAAUAAAUAAGUAAGUAAAUAAAUAGAAAAAAAAAGUUGCAGGCAACUCUGUCCAUCCUCUAUGCAGAUGUCAAGCCCUGAUGAGAAGUCAAUUCUAAUUUUAAAAGUCAUUUUUUCGGGAAGCAGAAGCUUCCCACUCUGUGCAAAGAGAAGCCAAGUGAACAGAACCGCAAAGACUUGGCUUGCUUCAAACGCAAACUGAUUUAUUAUUAUUGGACCAAAUUUACCCUCUCGCCUGGGGCGUAGGCCAAUAUCCACAACCUCAUUGAACCUCCGGCAAGGCAAACCAGUAGCUGGUUGGGAGCGCAGCGAUUCUCAGCCAAAACCCAGGGAGAGUUGUCCCUGUACUGCGCAGUCUUCCAAAAGCCUCCAACAGAACUCGCCUUUCAAAUUUGCAUUUCCUAAGAAAUGCUUCCAAUUCUCAACAUUAAAAGCUAAAAAAAAAAAAAAAGAAAAGAAAAAGCCAGCUCUCCCGAGGCCUUCAGGGAAUGGCUGUCUUCCAAUGCUACUACCACUUUCGGGGUCCACCAGGCUCAAGCCCAAAGUAGACCACACUCCCUACAAGCCUCAGCCACUGCCUUUAAAGUAACCGCGCGCAGCGGGGAUGCCCCGGAGUUCAACUUCCGGCAGCACACACAAGAUUAUUUUCCUAGUGGCGCUGCGGCUCUCCGAGCCGCGCCCCUGACCACGCCCUCAGCCACGCCCCUGGCCUCGCUCUGCCUUCCCUAGCCUGAACGCGCGGGAGGGGCGUGGCCUCGGGGGAGAAGCGCUCCCCGAGUGGGUCCGGGCGCUUCAACGAGCGCAGUCACGCGGAGGCACGCUCCGAGCGGGCGGGCGGGGGCACGCGCGCGCGCUCCCGCCGCCCUCUACGGUGACGUGCCUGGCCGAGGCCGCGCUAGGGCGCUGGAGCUGCUACAGAGCGGCUGUCAUGGCGUCGGAGGCGCUUGCUGAGGAGAGCCGGCCGCGGUGUCUAUAGGACCAGGGGCGGGCGGCCGGGGAUGGAGAACAGCCCUGACAGCCCACAGCCUCUGGAACUAGGGGUGGCGGCCGGGCGAGUGUCGCCGCCGGAAGGGCGACGGCGCGGCGGGCGCGAGGCUGAGGAUGGUCCCGCUGGACGCGCGGUGGACAGCGGCGGGCAGGGGGCGGCGGCGGCGGCAGCGCGGAGCAGCCUCGGGGACCCGACGUCCCCCUCGCAGCUCGGAUGCGGCGCGGGCUCGGACUUGAAGGACGGCGCGUCGUCGAGCCCUGCCGCCUCGGAGGUGCCUUCAAGAGGGCAGCACAAGGUGACCGCCUCCCCGGAGCUGGCCGAGGCCGCGGCGGGCCGAGGGUCGGGGCCAGUGGGCGACACGGGCACCUGCAGGGUGGAGCAGGCGGCGGAAGAGCCCAGCAGCACCGGCGCCCCGAGCAGCAGCUGCAGCGAGCCGAGCCCCCCUGGGGACUCGCCCAGCUUGGACUCCCUGGAGUCUUUCUCCAACCUGCAUUCUUUCCCCAGUAGCUCUGAGUUCAAUAGUGAGGAGGGAGCAGAGACCAGGGUCCCCGAGGACGUGGAGGAGGGCGCGGCGGGGCCGCCCAGGGCUGCACCUCUAUGCAAAGAGGAGGAGGAGGACCCGGCUCAGGUGCUAGCGGCCUCCAAAGAACGCUUUCCCGGACAGUCGGUGUAUCACAUCAAAUGGAUCCAGUGGAAAGAGGAGAACACGCCCAUCAUCACCCAGAAUGAGAAUGGACCCUGCCCUUUGCUGGCCAUCCUCAAUGUUUUGCUUCUCGCCUGGAAGGUGAAACUUCCACCAAUGAUGGAAAUCAUAACUGCGGAGCAGCUGAUGGAAUAUUUAGGUGAUUAUAUGCUUGAGGCAAAGCCAAAAGAAAUAUCAGAAAUUCAACGUGUAAAUUAUGAACAGAAUAUGAGUGAUGCUAUGGCAAUCUUGCACAAACUGCAGACAGGCCUGGACGUGAAUGUCAGGUUCACUGGGGUACGAGUUUUCGAGUACACGCCAGAGUGCAUAGUCUUUGAUCUUCUAGAUAUUCCUUUGUAUCAUGGGUGGUUAGUGGACCCUCAGAUUGAUGACAUUGUAAAAGCUGUUGGCAACUGCAGCUACAACCAGCUGGUAGAGAAGAUCAUCUCCUGUAAGCAGUCAGACAACAGCCAGUUGGUUAGUGAAGUACACAUUGAUUCCGUAGGCUUUGUAGCUGAGCAGUUUCUAAACAAUACAGCCACUCAACUGACGUACCAUGGAUUAUGUGAACUGACUUCAACGGUUCAGGAAGGAGAGCUCUGUGUGUUCUUUCGGAAUAAUCAUUUUAGCACCAUGACAAAAUACAAGGGUCAACUGUAUUUGUUGGUAACAGACCAAGGGUUUCUUACUGAAGAAAAAAUUGUCUGGGAAAGCCUCCACAAUGUAGAUGGUGAUGGAAAUUUCUGUGACUCAGAAUUCCACCUUCGGCCUCCUUCAGAUCCUGAGACUGUAUACAAAGGUCAACAAGACCAAAUAGAUCAGGACUACCUUAUGGCACUGUCACUGCAACAAGAACAGCAGAGCCAAGAAAUCAAUUGGGAGCAAAUUCCAGAAGGAAUCAGUGACUUGGAGCUGGCAAAGAAACUCCAGGAAGAGGAGGACCGACGGGCCUCUCAGUACUACCAGGAGCAGGAGCAGGCUCAGGCUGUUGUGACUACCACCACCCCUUCCACACAGGCCCAGAAGCAACUUAGAAAAGAAAGGUUUGUUGUGACUUACGGUAGAGGGUGCAGUUCAUCAUGGCCAGGAAGACAGACAUGGCUGGUGGAAGUAGGAGGUAGUAGCACAGAAUUUCCGUCCUUCCCAUCAGAAAGCAGCAGCAGACCCAAGGCAGGAAGGUGAACCAGGUAGGCCUCUUCUCUAAGAUGCCCAAACCUCCCACAGCAACAGGCCAGCUGUGGACCAUGGUCAUCUCUUAUCCUAAUCCUAACACCUGUGAGCAGAAGCCGUGCCCUUGUGCCCACAAAGCGUCUGUUUCUGUAAGGAUGCCUUUGUCUCUGUGGCUCUAGCUAGCUAGCUCUGAUUCAGUGCCCAGGAACAGUCACCCCUUCCCAUUUGUGUUUCUCAUACAGCAGGGCCAGCCAGCACAAGCCUCUCCAUCAAGUAUAAAACAGCCUGGGAAUAGUGAACGGAAACGCAAGGAACCUCGGGAAAAAGACAAAGAGAAAGAAAAGGAAAAAAAUAGCUGUGUGAUUUUGUAGGGAAUGCUGACGUCUGUGGGAACCACCUAUGCAGAUGACGGAAAGGAAGACCCAGUCCCUACCGUCUGUGCCUGAUCUCCCAAUGGAUUUUGCUCAUGUUUUCCAGGGGAAGGUUGUUACUUUGUUACAAUCAGCUUUUUCAAGUUACACCAUACACUCUCUAUGAGCUGGAGUUUUAUGUUACAGGUCGGAACUGGUGUGUGUUGUCACUGUAGCCAAAUGAGAAUAUCACUCCUAUUUUGUGUCUAGUGACAUUGCAACUCCAAUCAGUUAGUAAGCUAUUGUGUUCUGUGUGACAAUGGAUGGAGGUCACUGAAUAAGUUUGAUCCUUCUCAAGAUGUAAUUGUUAGCACAACUAUUUCUGAAACUUUACAUUGUUAAAUUAUAUCCUAAUCCAUGAGGAACGAGGACUUUAAUAUAGGGGAGGGGGAGAGAGCAGGAAUGCUGACCCUUCAUUGUAUAUUGAACUGGUUCAGCCCUUGGACAGCUUUACCUUUCUUUAGUAAUGUACAUUUUAGCUACUACCUUGAGAACUGAUAAUGGAGCUUGGAUCCAAUUUAGAUAGAAAAAAUAUUUUUUAUUUUCAAAUAGCAAAAAAAAAAAAAAAAAUACAUUGACACUAAUACUUAUAACCUAUCCAGAUGAGAUACUGACUUUGUAGUGCUGUGAGAUGUUGAAAAACUUCAACCCUUUCAGAACCUGAGCGGUGGCUUCUGGUUGAUGAGCAUGUGGUACAUGCGUGAGGAGAAGUCCACACUCAGGCUCAGCCUUGUACAUAUGAGGACAGAGAAGAGCAGCGUUCACUGUCUACCUUUUUCUAGAAUUACCUUGAACCUUAAAUUUUAAAUCAUGUUUAUUGCUAGAAAAUUAAACAUAGUUAUUUAAACCAAUAAAAAGCACAUUUCUGAAGGAGAGUUAAUCUCUUGACUCUAAUGAAAAGAUAUUAAUAAAAUUCUAAAUGUAGGUAGGAGUCUAAAGGAAUUUAUGUAAAAGCAAUCAGAUUUUUUAACUUAUGAGAACCAAAUAAACCUAAGACAUCUUACAUCAUUUCUAGGAUUCUGAAAGAAUAUUUACUCAGCUUUGUGAUGAGGCAGCACAUAUUGUAUUUCUAGAUACGAUUUGGAAAACUAUCCUUAACAUGCUUUUUUAUAUACUUUGUAUUUAGAGUUUGUUUCGGUCAUUUUUGAAGAUUAUUGACAGUGCACGUAGCUGUGUGAUUUAUCCUAAACCUCAGUAAAGUUUAUUCCGGAGCAUCACAGAUUGAACAUCAGUUAGAGAAGAGUCCUUGGGGUCUGGAGGCAAUUAAAGACUACCAAAAGAAAAUAGUGGAGAGUUUAGGACUAUUGUCAUUGAUGUUUUCCAUGAUCCCAAACCAGCUGUAGGCUGAAUAUAUAUGUAAAAAGUAGAGUUUUAUUUAUGAAAAGUAUUGUUCUAAGAUGGAAAAACCCUUCAGGGCCAUGCUGUAUCCUUUUUACCCUUCUAUAUGACAUGUCUGUUUAUGUCCUUUGUGGUUUCUUCAGAUUUUCUAUACUAGCGUGGGAACUAAUCAGGGAACCUGCCUGGGGUAUAAAAUUUGUGUAUAAAAUACCUGGUAAGUAAGUCUCUUGAUUCCAACCUCGAGUGAGUACGAAUGGUCAGAGAUCAGACCGUUGGGUGGACUGACCUCACCUCAGCAUAAACACCAUGACUGUGCUCUGCUGAUAGAGGAGAAAGCUCAAACCUCAGUGUGUACUUUCCCAGAACAGUCUAAUAUUUUAAUUUAGGAAACAAUAAACCUUGAGUAAUUAUAAAAAGUAUGCUUGAGGCAUAUUUUUCCAUAAUUAUAUUAUCAUGUUAUUGCCCUUGAAGAAUCUAUAUAUAAAAGUUACGUUAUUUUUUACUAUCUUAUUUUUUCCAAAGUAAUACUGCCAAUACUGCACUCCAAAAAGAAAAGAACAAAACGAAAAAACACACACAACUCACUGAAAACCAUCAGCAUUGCUGUCAGAGAGUCAGUGUGCAGAGAUCAGCCAAGCACUGUGCUUGUUAAUCCUGCCUGCUCUGAUGUGGCAAGAGUCAUAUCAAACUUACUAUGAUGUUUGAUUACUGUGGAAGAGAUUAAAUGUUUGACUCUAUUAAAACAAAUUUCUGAAAUAUGCUUUCCUGUCCUUGAAGGCUUGUCAAGGUUCUAAACUGCCAUGUAUUUAUUUCCUAUGUUUUACUCAAGGUAGCAAGUGAUAUUCAAGCAUAUUAUUGCUUAUUUGGGUAAAUAGGACUUUGAAAAUGGUAUUUUCAGGGAUUUUUCCCUUACAAUACUUUGUAAUACUUGACAUUGUUAUACAUAUAUUGCUAACAAAUGUUACAAUUUAAACAUUUUGGAGCUUAAUGAUUCUAGGCUAAAUUUCAGGCACAUUUGACUCAUGCAGGAGAGCUAGCAGAAGGCAGGCAGAGGAGCAGAUGUGGUCCCUGGCACUCUUCCUACUUUCAGAGCCUACUCUUAAGGUUAGUGACCAGUCUGUUAUUAAUGUGCACUUCUCACUGGUGUCAAUAGCGCUGUGACCUGUGCUAGUUUAUCAGUACCUAGAAUCAUGUGUUUCUGAAGUAGGUUUCCAGGACUUCUGUUUAGGUGUCAAAGCAACCUGAAAACUAUCAGAUAGAAAAGUUGUGAAUAUUUAAAAAUAUUCACACACACACCUACCUGCACUAGGAGUAUCACCAAGUGGUACAGCAUUUGCCUGCAGUGCACAAGGCCCUGGGUUCAAUUCCUAGUAGAUGUAUAUAGACACACUGGCAGCUAAUCAAGGCAUUGGCCUUAUGCCCAGUCAGUGUGGAUGGGUAGAAUAACUUCCUCCAUGCUUCAAGGUCAGGCUAGGAUUUGAGCAAGUCAAAGGCUUAAGUUUGGAAUUAGGUUCUAGAAGAAUAUAUAUAUGUAUAUAUAUAUAUAUAUAUAUAUAUAUAUAUACACAUAUACAUACAUAUACAUACAUAUAUAUAUAUAUAAUGUUCUUAUUGCCUCCCUUUUCUAUAGCUUGACAAUUUACCACAUAGUAUGUUUUGAAUUCUUUCUCAUGCUCCUUGAUCUUGUUACCUAAGCAAGUUAAUGUCAGAUGCUAGUUUACUAAACUCAGUGUUAGCCAUUCUGUACGUGCACAAAAGCUUCAUAGCAUUUUGCUUUCCAUAAAUCAUAAACUCAAACUUCAGAGCUUGAGGACCAGAGAGCAAGGUAUGCCUUGUGUUCACUGUCCAUGUUGGCAUGUGGACGAAUGUUUGUAAAACCCUUGCAAAUUAAGGCAAGAAUUUCUAGAACUGUCCUCAGUCUUGCUUAAAUUUUCUUGGAAUCGACUGUUGUAGCCCUGGCUACCUUCAAACCCAGAAUCCUCCUGCCUCAGCUUCUCACUGCCACUACUACAGGCAUAUAUCACCAUACUCAUCUUGUUGAAACUUCCUUUAGAAAAGCAAACAGCAAACUGAUUGCAUGCUGCUUUGUGAUUCAUUGUACAAGUUAUAUUUUUUGACAGAAAGCUUACAAACUUGUACCCAAACACUGUCUUAGACUUACAAUUUAAAUUGAAAAAUUGUUUGACAAAAUAAGGCAGAGAUAUUAAAGACAGUCAUUUAUUGAUAUUUUAAUGAAUCAGACGUGAAAUUCUGGCUCACUUGGUGUUUUAAACCUGACUUUAUCAGGGCGUUAAUAAUACAUACCUGCCAUCCGGUUUGCUAAAGCAGGAGGAUUCUAAGUUCAAGGACACACUGAGCAAAUUGUAAGACCCUGAUUCCAAAAACAAACGUGACUUUGUCUUGUUUUGGCAAUCAUUGUGUGCCUCAGUUUAUUCUAUGUGCAGGGUGCUCCUCUUCCCCUAAGUCCUCCCCCCCCCAGGCUUGGUUCUCCUGAGUAAAUGCCAUACUCUAGCACUGAGAGCUAAUGAGAUCAUCACAGACACUGCACAUUACUGUUCUCCAAUGUGUAGAUCUUUUAUAGUGACUCAAAUCUGGCUUUUUAUGCUGUUAGAAUGUGUAGAAUUCUUUGAAUGUAGCAUCGAGGCUUUCAAAAAUAUAUUUUGCAGUUGCUUUUGUAUUCGGUAAGUUAGUGUCAAGACCAGGAAUAUUUAUUUGAGCAUAGCAAAUGCACUUUACAAAUCUGUUUUCCCAGUAUCCUCUACAGAUCUAGCUUUUAGAGCCCUUUGGUCAGUCCCUCCAGGGUACAGCAGUUCCUCCAGGAACUGACUUUGCUCUCCCCGCUGUGGUCAGUGUAGACAACUUAUUCGUGGCAUAGUGUAAACAUGAAUUCUGAUCUUGUGCAAGUCAAAUCCUUUAGAUAGCAAGCAAGAAACCCUAAAGGACCAUGUGUGAACCUUAGUCUGUGGUUCUCUGAUAAGUUAGCAGCUUUUGUUACUGAUGCCUGACACUUUUUAAACUGUUGGAAGACUUGAGUUUACUUUUCUUAGGUAACAGUUUAAAAUAACUUUAAAUUAAAAGCUCCCUAAAGGGAAUACAUUACAGAGAAGAUAAAACAGGAGGAAACCUUGCAGGAUGCUAGAAAAUUUACUUUGAAAAUCUAUCUAAAAUUUAAUUCAUGCAUGUCUUUACUUAAUCCUGGUGUUUCCGCUCUUAGGAAAUAGAGCUUAACAUUAAUAUAUGCAUAUAUUUUUUUACGAGUAGGAUUCUAGUUUCUAUCUUCUGAACUCAAGAGAACUAAACUCAACAAACAGGGUAAAAAUCUUCAACUCUUGCCUCAAACUCAAUGAUCCUUUGUCCUGACAAAAGUUAGACUUGUCUAAUAAGCUGGUAUUCUUAGGGCAUGAUACCCUCCCAUUAACUACUUAAACUACCAUGGCAGAGACAGGAAAUCUAAGCCUUGCCCCAUGGUGUCCCGGAAAGUGUCCAUUUUUAUCUAGCAUGACUUGUAAAGACUUCCUCAGCUCACAUCAUUGCUACUGGUCACCUUUUAACUAUUCUUAACACCUAUACUGUCACAUCUGGAGAGGCAAGGCAGCCCUGUGGGUAAAGGAUGCACAGGGCAGAGCCCUUUGGCAAGCAGUGCUCACUCCUUUGGCUCCAGUAGUCAUUUUACAUCUCUAUGUGUAAAGUCAGGAAGCUGAAGUGCCCAUUAGAAAUCAUGAAUUGCUGACUACACCCUAACAGAAACGCCCUAAGAGGCAGCUCUAACUCAUGCAAUGAGUUUGAAAACAGAGACUGGUGUUUGAUCUUUGAAAAUGAUGUCUGGUUUGUCAGAAUGUUUGUUGCUGUUCUUUCCCACCAUUAUUUGUAUGACAUAACCACUGUGACAAGGUGCAGUGUCUCUUCACUUCCCAGGAAUUUUCUAGUAGUUUUUGUUAAGACUUAUUUUCCUAAAAUGACAGCUGUCAUCACAGAUCCACACCUAAGACCAGACAACAGAAGAGUGCUGCGUGACUGCAGAACGGUGGAAGGGAUAAUCUGUGGGCAGCUCAUCUCCUGAAUCCAGCACAUUUGACCCUCGUCUUUGACUUGGGCUGAAUAACGAGGUUGAAACAUGGAUUUGGGAGAGCAACAAGCUAUGGAAUGCUGUCAUUUUGAACAGCUGUAAGCAAAAGAAACAGGUUGUCUUCCCCCACUUUAUUAUGGCACACGGAACUGUGUGCUAGCUGGAAUGGGCUCUCCACUGACCGUGGGGACUGAGCGCCUCAGCUCCCGUUUCCUGUCUGUCCUAGCAUGCUCCCUGUGUCUGAGAAUUCAUUCUCUUGCUUUAAAUGGAAGUAAAGAAUGAGGAGUAGGGAGGGAUGACACAGAAGCAGUAGCUAGAAAAUGCUCUUCGAAAAAAGACACGUAAGAUGCACCUACCCCUCGCAGGGCUCAGCUGAUUUCUGUGAAAUAAACUGUUUUAAAUGUUAAUUUUGCUAAGAGCACCUCUAAAAAUUAUGUCUUAAAUUUCAAGUUUCACUUUUGGAAACUACUCCUGAAAAGACAUUGAAUAUAGGUGGGAAAGUAAACAAUGUUUCUGACUCAAUGAUUCAGUAUUAUCCAGUGUUUAAUCUCAAAUUCAUUGUAACACAAGUGUAGUGUCAUCGUUGGAUUAAAACGUUGGAUGUUUUUGUUAAUAUACUUUAAACUGUAACCAGUGAAUAACACCGUAGUAUUUUUUAUUAUAGAUUAUAUUUUAUUUCAAUAAACUUUGAUAUUUAGACUGAA